AUGACGGUGGAGGCAGUGGAGGGUGACGCCUGUGCAGGCGCCAAGGACGGGGGUGACGCCUGUGGAGGUGGCGGGGAUGACGCCGGUGGAAUUAGAGACGCAGGAGGUGGGGGUAACGCCGGUGGAGGCGCCGGGGGUGGGGGUAACGCCGGUGGAGGCGCCGGGGGUGGGGGUAACGCCGGUGGAGGCGCCGGGGGUGGGAGUGACGCCGGUUGUGGCGGGGUGACGCCGGUAGAGGCGGCGAAGGCAGGGGUGACGCUGUUGCUCUUCGUUUGCUUUACAUCUGACCGUUUGAAGUUGUCUGGAUAA